AUGUCAAGCGGUGUCGAAGUACCCGGAAGAAGCCAACGACGUCCCGGCAUCUGGUCCUACUUCAGCUUUUCCGGUCCGCGCCGCCGUGUCUCUGUCUCCCUACCACGCAACUUCGAUCCCAAUCGCGACUCCAGCGAUCCUCACGAGAAGCCCGACCGCCAUUCGCGACAUCGCUCGACUUACUCGGACGCAUUCAUGAACGAACACAAAGGAGGCGCCGUUAUGAAUCAAGGUCAGCGCUUGCGCUACCUGAAGACAGGUGGCGUCAUUGCCUUCAUACUAUUCGCACUGUACAUGAUUGCGCCGCGCGAUGGCCUGUCAAGACCAACAGUAUCACAACCGUCAGGCGGCAACACAGCAGCCGGCGAUGCAAAAGCCCAAUGCACAAAGUCCUACUCCAAGGACAAGCCGCUCAUUCAAUACGCCAUGAUGAUCGACGCUGGCAGCACAGGCUCUCGCAUCCACGUGUACAAGUUCAACAACUGUGGCCCAAGCCCUGAACUUGAGGGCGAAAACUUCGAGAUGACGCCCAAGAAGCAAGGAGGUUCUGGUCUCUCGGCCUACGGCGACGAUCCAGAGGCUGCCGCCAGGAGCCUCGAUGUCCUGAUGGACGUGGCCCUCAAGCACGUACCCAAGGAAUACCAGUCAUGCUCACCAAUCGCUGUAAAGGCGACAGCCGGUCUCCGCAAGCUUGGUGAGAAGAAGAGCAAUGACAUCCUCGCUGCCGUGCGUCGCCAUCUCGAAAACGAUUACCCUUUCCCGCUGGUGUCCGAGGAGAAGAAGGGCGUGGAAGUCAUGCCGGGUGAGAUGGAGGGCGUGUAUGCAUGGAUCACCGUCAACUACCUUCUAGGCAAGAUUGGAGGCCCUGACAAGAACCCCACCGCCGCCGUUCUCGAUCUUGGCGGUGGUUCAACUCAGAUCAUCUUCGAGCCCACCUUCCCCGACAAGCCCCGCGGUGGUCUCCCCACCAAGCUGGCAGAGGGUGACCACAAAUACAGCCUCAACUUCGGCAACCGCAACUUCGACCUCUACCAGCACUCGUACCUUGGCUACGGUCUUAUGGAAGCCCGCAACAAUCUCCACAGCACCAUCCUAGCUGGUCUCCACGAGACUCACAAAGACAACCGAGAUUACCUCAAGAAGCCAAUUGUAAACCCUUGCAUCGCCCCCGGCAUGACGCGCGAGAUCGAAGUCCACAUGCCCAAGGGCCAUGAGCUUGGCGAUUCUAUCACAGUAAACAUGACCGGUCCUUCCCAUCCUUCGCCGACACAAUGCCGCGGCUUGGCCGAGAAGACCCUUCACAAGGACGACGAGUGUGCUAUCGCCCCAUGCGCCUUCCGCGGUGUCCAUCAGCCACCCUUCGACCAGACCUUCGCUACCGAAGCCGUAUACCUACUUUCCUACUUCUACGACCGCACACAAGAUCUCGGCAUGCCCGAAUCUUUCACUCUUCGCGAAUUGCAAGAUCUUGCUGACAAGGUAUGCUCCGGCGAGAAGGGCUGGGAUGUUUUCUCGGCGGUGCCAAAGGCUCUCGACGAGUUGAAGGGCCGCCCAGAGUGGUGCUUGGACCUCAACUUCCAAUAUGAAUUGUUGAGGAGUGGUUAUGGUAUGCCCAUUGACCGUGAGGUCAAGAUUGCGAAGAAGAUCAAGGGCAACGAGUUGGGAUGGUGCUUGGGCGCCAGUCUCCCUCUCCUUGAGGCCAACUCUGGAUGGCAAUGUAAGAUCAAGCAAGUCGAGUAGAGGAGAGGAAGCAUUGGAAUGCGCUUCUUGUGUGUGGGCCAGCGCGGAACUCUGGAUCCUACAAUACAAUGUGCAUUGACUGGCGUUAUGAUUCUUGGUUGCCAGUAGGACAAUAUAGUGAAGUUGCUCACCAUUCUUUCAGUGGGGUGGUUUUAUGCAUGCGAUGCGUUUCUUUUUUUC